AUGGAUGAAAAUGGAAAUUUUAUUGCCCAAAUGUGUCAUAUUCAUUAGCAAACCGAAGCCACUGAUGCUCCAGAAGCUGAAGUCAUCCACUUCACCGCUCCUCCACCAACACCAACAUCUCCGGCUACUGAAUGGGUGACAAGUCCCCACUCAUGGCGUCCACCGGCAGACGUUCAAACGAAUAAUUUGGAAUGGACGCAGAAUGAGAUUCCAUCCACGGGGACCUCUGAAUUGCCUUCAUUCGUUUUUUCUAAAUGUGAUUCUACCAAUGAAUGCGAAUUUAGCUACGAAAAAGACCUGCUCUGCCCCCAUUCUAGCAAUCCAAAUCUUUACCUCCAGUGCACUCCAGUGAUAGGAAAGGAAGGCCAAUGGGCUGAACGCAUGUGCCCACCAAAUCUCGUCUUCAUGCCAUAUUAUGCUCGAUGUGGAUUAAGCGUG